AUGGAGGACAGGAAACGACCCGCCAUCAGCGGCGGUGAAGACCUGGCGCCUCCUCCCUCCAAGAGAGUUGCCAUCAAUGGCUCCAAGGCCAAAGACGAGAACGCGGAGAUGAAGGAAGACUACUGGGUCGAGGCAUUUACGAAAGGAGCAAUCUACCGGCAGAUGCAAGAAUACAGUCGCAAGGCUGCGACGGCCGAAGCGCGACUAGAAGAAUUACACAAACGAUCCGUCCAUCACGACGACCAUAUCCGGAUCGUCGACGCUUGGUGGCGACAGGUAUGCACUUUUGCGACAAUGUUAUGCAUUGCCUUCAAGGAUCUACAGCAUUUCCAGAGCCAUCUGCAGGAAAUGGGAAAGUCAAUCAAAACGAAGGCAGAGUCCCUGAUCAACCGACUCGCUGCACAGAGAGAAAACAUUGCGCCCAAGACAGCGGAGCUCGAAAGCCAAAUCGCCAACCUCCUCGCCAAACAGAAGGAGUAUCAUCUGAAUCUCGACAGGCUGAGCGCGGAGAAGGAACAGUUGUCGGAGCAGCUCAACGCCGCGACACUUAGGUAUUUCAAAGCCGAGAAGAAGCUAGACCGUGCCAAGAGCGCGCAAGUCCAAAGGCUAGAGCAGCAGGCAUUCGCCAAUGCCACGCGCCCUGUCACGACGCCUACCGAGGGAGGAUCAGAACCCAGCGAAGCCAACGGCAAUGCACUCGAACUCACGAUGAAGUAUGAGGAGGCGGCGGCGACUGUAUCGAAACAAAAGGAGCAGCUGGACUCGCUCUUUGCAGAAUUGAAAUCCUUGCAGGAGGAAAACACCACCCUCAAGUCUCGGCGAGAAACGCUUUCCGACGAAGACUACAUCCGGACUGAUGUCUUCAAGCAAUUCAAGAGCCAAAAUGAGGAGCUCAUCAAGCGAGUCAACACGCUAGAAGCCUCGAGCAAGCAGCUGCGCGAAGAGGCCGAGAAGUUCCAAGCCGAGCGGACAGCAUUCCGGGCUCAGCUCGAGGCCGAUAUGAACCAGGUGGCGCAGGAUUACGAGGCAGAUAUUGCGGCACGAGACCAGGACCUGGCUCGCGUACGGUCUGCUCGAGACGAGAUUCUGGCGGAAAACGUGCAGCGACGAGCAAAUGCAGAGCAAGAGCGCAUCGCCAUGGAGCAUAUCAAGGAGCUGGUAGCGGCGAAGGAGGACAGAAUAUCUGCGCUGGAGUCGGAAGUUGCUCGUCUGAAGCCCGCUUCACCAACAGAAGGCGAAGAAGCGAGUGGUGGCUCAGACGCCGAGGCCCUAUCAGAAGAGGAGCUACGGCAAAGAUACAAGAAACUGAAGCAAGACUUUGACUCCAUCAACCAGGAGCUGCCAGCGAUGGAAAAGGCUUACAAGAAGAUGAAGGACCUUGCUCAGAAGAAGGUUCUCGACUUUGUCGCUCUGGAGGAGAAGGUGGCUGUUCUCAUUGCCGAAAAGAGCAAGGCAGACCAGAAGUACUUUGCCGCUCGGAAGGAUGCCGAUACUCGAAACGGCGAAAUCAGGACCCUGCGGCACCAGAGCGUCAAAUCCGCCGAGCUCAUCGCCCAGUUGAAGGAUUUCGAGUCCCAGACGCGGACCCUGCUAACCAACCUGGAGAAGCAAUUGGCGGACCUGAAGCAAGCGAAUGCGGUUCUGGUCACCGAAAACAAGAAGCUGGAAGCGAGCAGCCUGGAGGCUGCGAGGAGGUCCGAGUCCGUCGCGAAACAAGUGGCGGACCUGACCAACCUGGUCAAAUCCAAGGACUCCUCCACAGCCAUUAUUCGGGAGCGAAACGCCAUGCAGGAAGUCGAAGUCGAGAAGCUCAAGAUCCGGAUCGAGCACGUGCAGAAGGAUCGGGAUAGUUGGAAAAACAAGGCGUUGAGCAACUCAUCAGAGGAAGAAGACAUGCUUCGGACCAUGGCUUUGUGCCCGGUGUGCCAUGCCAACUUCAAGAACACAGCACUCAAGACGUGCGGCCAUCUCUUCUGUAACAAGUGCGUGGAUGACCGCAUCAGCAAUCGCAUGCGGAAGUGUCCGAGCUGUUCCAGGGCAUUCGACAAGAUGGAUGUCAUGCAGGUUCACUUUUAA